GUCAACGGCGAAUACUUUAUAACCGCCUCUGUUUUGCGUUUAUCUUGCUUAAAUAGCUUUUAGCUUUUCAGUCCGCUAAUGUUUACGGCCUGAUCCGUAGAUGGGAAGCUAACACAACAGUUAGCUUGACUGAUUGAUGUAGCUUCAGUGUGGGAUAAGGAGGAAACACUUUUGUUCGAUGAUGAUUGCAGAGUCAGCCGACUCCAACACAAAUACAGCCACAUCUAAAAAAAGCAACCAUGAGCAGCCUGGAUCAUCACCAGCCAGUUUAUCCCAGUUGCCGUGACAAACCCACAAUCAUCGGUGAUUCAUCAGACAUCCGUGAGCUCGUCAAGCCGCCUCUCCAGGGGCUAAAAUUGGCAUCGCAUGCGGUGCUGGAUGCAGCCCAGCAAAGAGGCAGGUUGAAGUGCUCUAAAUGCGGAGGAUCCAGGAUGUUCUUCUGCUACACAUGCUGCUCAUUAGUGGGUGUCAACAUGCAAGAAAUUCCCGUAAUCAAGCUUCCUGUGAAGAUAGACAUCAUCAAGCAUCCAAAUGAGACGGACGGGAAGAGCACCGCAGUCCACGCCAAGAUACUCGCACCCGGCGACGUCACGAUGUAUACCUACCCCUGCUUCCCUGACUUUGAAGACGACAAGGUGGUGUUGGUGUUCCCAGGUCCAGGGGCUGUCUCAGUUCAAGACAUGAUCCAGUGUUUACGUGAAAGGAGAAACAACAGGUCGGAAGAGCCCUUUGAUGAGCCCUCCGUAAAGAGGCUGAAAAGCGACGUCCAAGCUGCCACACGCACUCACAAAGAGCCACAGUCCGUGAUCCCAGAUGAACCAAAUGGCUCAGAGUCAAAGGUACGCCCGUUACAGAGGGUGGUCUUCAUCGACAGCACGUGGAACCAGACCAACAAGAUCAGCACAGACGAAAGGCUGCAAGGUUUGCUCCAGGUGGAACUGAAGACGAGAAAAACAUGUUUCUGGCGGAGCCAGAAGGGCAAACCGGACACUUACCUUGCCACCAUCGAGGCCAUUUAUUAUUUCCUCAAAGACUUCCACCAGCACUGCCUGGGUCAGGAGUACGGUGGAGAAUACGACAAUCUCCUCUUUUUCUACUCCUACCUGCACUCACUGAUUAACAAAGCUAAAACGUCUGCUGGAAAAUGCUGAUGAAAGAGCAAAUUCAACUGCAAGCGAAGAUUCACCCUUGUAUAUUUGAUCUAAUUCUCAUGGCUUAAACUUUUUAUUUUAUUGGAAAGGCUGACAUCACUGCAUAACAAUACGCAAUAAAACACAGGCUUCAAGAUUAAGGCAUGCGAGUGUUUGAGUCAGUACAUGUAAGAUGUGUCAUAGUGAUCUGAAAAGGAAACAAAAAUCAGUCAAUAAUAAGUAAAAACUCAAAGGGGCUUGUAAUUAAAAUUAGUUUUUCAUUGUACAGGUGCAAGAAAUAUUGCAAACACCAGGACUUUCUGUAUCAAUCCUUCAAAAGUGUGAUCUUCAAGAUCAUAAUCACUGACAAAGUCCUUAGUUUGUUUUUUAUGUCACUGUUAAACAUGUGAAAUGCCUCGAUCACAAAACUUUCACGAUGUUGUGGAAGAUAUAUUAAAGUUUGGACGGCAGAAACUCA